AGGAAAGAGAUCUCUACACACUUUUUUCUAAGGCAGCUGCAUAUAUAGCUUGGAGGAAAUUUUAAGUAAUACUUACAUAUUAAUUAUCAUAUGGAUAUGUCUUCAGCAUGGCUAUCACAACUUGAAAUGCAAGAUCAAGGGUUCCUUAAUUAUCAAUAUCAUGAGAUGAUCAAGCCUUAUCAUCACAUGGUAGCUGACUUUGGUGGAGAUUCAAAUUUCUCUUAUUAUCAUGUGGACAACAAAAUCACAUCAUUUGUUGAUCAAACUUUUCAAAUUCCAACAAAUAUCAAAGAAAUGUCUAAUAAUGUUCAAAGGGCUCCUAUCUACAAAACAGGAAAUAGUAUUAUCAAAAAAGUUACUUCAGAAGAUCAUCAUGAAAACUCAAAGCCGAAACCGAAUCAAAAAAAACUUCCUGCAACUCCUCCCAACACUUUCACUAUAUCUUUUGGAGAUCAAAAACCUAAAGAAGAAGAAAUCCCGUUCACCGAUUCAUUUGGGUAUCCAAGUAACACGAAAAAAGGUCCAACGGUGGUUAGAAACCGGAUCCAACUUCAAGAUCAUAUGUUGGCUGAGAGGAAAAGAAGAGAAAAGUUGGCUAAACGGUUUAUUUCUUUGUCUACCCUACUUCCUGACCUAAAGAAGAUGGAUAAAGCAACCGUGUUAGAAGAUGCAGCAAAUUACAUAAAAGAACUUCAAUUGCGCGUUAAAGAGCUUGAGGAGUUAACAAACACGAAGACAAUGAACAUGGAAUCGAAUGUAUCUACAAAGAAAACGAAGCUUGGGUUUAGUUAUGAUGACGGUUUAUCCUCUGAUGAAACAAAUGACUUAGAGAGUCGUAUCAGUUGUAAACCGGAGAUUAAAGUACGAAUGUCAGGAAGUAAUGUGCUAAUACGAAUCUACUGCCUCAAAAACUCAUUGUCAUUAAUAAAAACACUUGAUGAGGUGCAGAAGCUAGAUCUUUCGGUUACAAGUAGUAGUACCAUGCCAUUUGCCAAUACCACCCUCCUUAUCACCAUUGUUGCUAAGAAAAAAGAUGAGUUCAAGAUGACAUCAACCAAACUUGCGAAAAGCUUGCAACAAGCUGUGUCGAAUUUAGAUGAUCAUCACCAACAACAUGAAGUUCAAGAUUUUCAUCACUCAAAGUUGUUUGCCCCUAAUGUCGAUUCACCAUUUUCGUUAUUUCCAACAAACUCAAAAAACCAUUUCUGAUCCGUUGUCAUCCCUGCUUUUUGCAUACCAUGCAUUUUAACUCGCGAACAGCCUCAGCUCCAACAAACAAUCCUUCCAUUAUCUCCAAGUUGUGCUUUAAUUAGAUAUAUAAAAGUAUGUUUUGUGCUACCAAUUAUCUUAAUUAACAAGAUGGGAGGCUUCAUGGUGACAAUAAUUCUUGAUUAAUGGUCAUGAGUUAAUUUCAAUUCAAUUCCGUCUUGUGUACACUAAUUAAUAAGUAGAUUUCGUCAAUAUUUAUUAAUUAAGGAGUAUCUUUCACAACGUUGUUGUUGUGUACUAGCUAGGAAAUGAUCGAGCAUUUGGUUUUUGGCUUUGAGAAUUGUUAACAUUAUCUGUUAGUUGCAUCUUAAUUAAUUGUAUGUUUUUGUUCUCAUCAUACAUGAAUA